AGUAGCAUGUAAAACGUCAGAAUAAUAGUCGAGCGGAAAUGAAUGGUGCAAUUUGAACGUUUAACUCCUUUUGAACGGAGUCGAAAAGGCUUCAAUUUACUUUCUAUAAAUUGGAGCUUCGCCAUGAUUUCCUGUUCUGCGCAUGCGCAAACAGUCGGACGGUAAGCGAUGGCGAAAUUCCUGCAUUUUAUGCAAGGAGGACCAGCCUGGGAAGCAAAGUUAUCUCGAUAGAUCGGAACACAUAGGUGGUGUGGGGGGCUCGCACCUAGGGGGAAGCUGCUCCUCUUCGCAGCCCGCUGACGUGGACGACUGAAGGAGAGGAAGAAAAGGCGACAAAUUUGUGUGCGGUGCAUUGCUUGUCGUCCAAUAGCGUCUGAUUGAGCGACCCCCUCUAGUGGUGUGAAUGAGGGAGACAUGGCAGACCACACCCCACCUCUGGAGUCCAGCCAGCUUCUCAGCCCUGAACUCCCCAUCCUGGCGUCACCACCGCCUCCAGCCAUGGUCAACGGGGAGGGCCCCCAGCAGGUAAUCCUGGUGCAGGUAAACCCGGGUGAGGCCUUCACUAUUCGCCGAGAGGAUGGUCAGUUCCAGUGUAUCACAGGUCCUGCUCAGGUUCCCAUGAUGUCUCCAAACGGUUCAGUGCCUCCAAUCUAUGUGCCUCCUGGAUACAUUUCACAGAUCAUUGAGGAGAACGGAGUGCGGCGGGUCCUGGUGUUGCCACAGCAACCCGAGUUCCACCCAGGCGGCCAUUCUCCUCUCCACCAUGCACCGCCGCCCCCCCACGCCCACCUUCCUGCCUUUAUCCCGCACCCGGCCAUGAUGCCCCCGCCCCCUCAGCUGUACGCGGGCAUGGUGGGCGACAUGAGCUCGCAAUACAUCUCCCAGUAUCAUCCGGCUCACAUCUACUCAGAGCAGGUCUCUGCAGAUUCCCACAGCCAACACGGACGCCCAGCAUUUGUCCACAGAGAUGACAGAACAAGCAAAACGUACGAGCGCCUCCAGAAGAAACUGAAGGACCGUCAGGGAGGUGGCGUCGGAGGAGGGCAGGUGAAGGACAGCCCUCCCCCUUCACCCCAGAAGACCUGCAGCAGCCCCAACGCGUCCGACGUCCACAACGGCGUGGGAGGCAAAGGACCCGAGGCGGAGCCGCCCGGCCAUGCGCUCGACAAGCAUGCGGGCCGCGGCAAAAACGGAGAGGCGAAAGAGUUGGAUCCCGCAGCACAGGCCUUGCAAGCGCUGCUGAGCACCAUCAGUAAACCCGUGGUGACGGACAUCCAGGCCCGGGCGGUGGAGGCGAGCUGGAGCGCACCCAAAUCGGAGGACGAUAGCAACCCCGUGGGGACCCUCAGCUAUGAGGUGUCUGUCUCAUUCAGCGGCAAGGACGGGAAGUACAACACCAUGUACUGCGGUGAGGAACUAAGUGCAACUUUAGAGAACCUUCGACCAGCAACAGACUAUGACGUCAGGGUCCAGGCCAUGUGUAACUGUUUACAAGGAAGUCCGUCGGAGGCGGUGAGCUUCACCACGCUAAGCUGUGAGCCGGAACCUCCCAAUGCCCCCAAGAAGGCCAGCGGGACCAAGAACUCUCUCGUACUCCAGUGGAAGGCUCCAUGUGACAACGGUUCAAAGGUCCACAACUAUAUUCUUCAAUGGGAUGAGGGAAAGGGCACCGGCGUCUAUGAGCAGUGCUACUAUGGACCUCAGAAGCAGUACAGAGUCAGCAAGCUUUCACCAGCCUCCAGAUACUCCUUCCGUCUUGCGGCCAAAAAUGACAUGGGCGUCAGCGAGUUCAGCGACUCUGUGGAGCUUUUCACCUCGUGCAGCGUGCCAUCGCCGCCCUUCCCUCCGGAGCUGGAGAUGGCCGGCGUCACCUGGCUGUGUGUCAAGUGGCAGCGGCCCAGCAGCUCGCCCAAAGAGGACGACGUCUGCUACGUCCUGGAGAUGGAGGAGGAAGGCUCGGGUUACGGUUUUCAGCCCAGCUACGACGGCGAUGAGCUCUCCUGCAUGGUCAGGAACCUCCACAGGAGCACCAAGUACAAGUUCCGGGUGGCAGCGUACAACUCUGAGGGCAAGAGUAACCCCAGCCCCGUGGUGGAGUUCAUCACCAAUCCAGACAAACCCAGCUAUCCCUCCAAGCCUGUCAUCAAGGGCAAAGUUCUGCCCAACAGCUUCAAGUUGGCCUGGGAACCUCCAAAAGAAAAUGGCGGCGCCGACAUCACCAAGUACGUUGUGGAGAUAUCGGAGGGUUUAAGUGGUCUGUCGUGGGAGCUGGUCUAUUCGGGCCCGGCCAUGGAGCAUGUGUGCGACGGCCUCAGGCCCGGCUGCUCCUACCAGGCGAGAGUGUACUGCAUGAGCGAGGGGGGGCAGAGCCCGCUGUCGGAGACCCUGCAGGUCCAGACUCCCCCAGUACCCCCGGGACCCUGCCAACCCCCGCGGCUGGUGGGCAAGCCCAAAGCGCGUGAAGUGCAACUACGCUGGGCGGUGCCGCCGAUGGACGGCGGCAGCCCAGUGUCGUGCUACAGUGUGGAGCUGAGCGGGCCGCAGUCGGAGGAGAGCAGGGAGGUUUACCAGGGUCCCGAGCUGGACUGCUCGGUGGGAGGUUUGAUGCCCGGCAGGACCUACGGCUUCAGGCUCAAGGCGGGAAACAAGGCGGGGUUUGGGCCGCUGUCCGAGCGCUAUGACGUCACCACCGGCCCCGGAGCUCCCGAGCAGUGCAAGGCUCCUUCCAUCACGUGCAAGUCAUUCAGCUGUGUUGUCGUCAGCUGGGAGGCCCCACCUUGCAAUGGGGCUCCGGUGACCGACUUUCGUCUGGAGUGGGGAGCAGCGGAGGGCAGCAUGCAGGUGUGCUACAGUGGCGCGGCGCUCAGCCACGAGAUGAAGGGGCUCUUGCCUGCCACCAACUACUUCUGCAGAGUGCAGGCUUUGAAUGUGGCAGGCUUGGGCCCUUUCAGCGAGGCGGUCUUGUGCUUGACCCCCUGCUCGGUCCCCGCUGCCGUCAGCAACAUCUGCGCCAUGAAGGAGUCUGACCUCAUCAGGUUUGGCGCUCCUGAGGAGGUGGAAGAGGCGGAGGAGGUGGAGGAGGAAGAGGAAGAUGAGGACGAAUGCGUCCAGCCGCCGCCUCUGUACUCGCCUUCCACCUGUGUGGGGAUCUGCUGGGAACCCCCCCGUGACCACGGCUCGGAGAUCACAUCCUACUUGAUCGACCUUGGCGAACGCCAGCCCGUCUCGGUCGGCCCCGUCACGAAGCACGUCAUCCAGCACCUGCAGCCCGACACCAGCUACAGGAUCCGAAUCCAGGCGCUUAACAGUUUGGGCGCAGGGCCCUUUAGUCACACCUUUAAGUUGAAGACCAAACCCUUGCCCCCCCAGCCGCCCCGCCUGGAGUGCACCGCCUUCAGUCACCACACUCUCAGGCUCAAGUGGGGCGACGGUCCGGGCAAAGCCGCCGCCUCAGACGCCCUCCAGUAUCGGCUGCAGAUGGGCGACAAGAGUGGCAGAUUUAGUUCCUUGUAUGAAGGAACAUGCCACACCCACAAAGUGCAGAGGCUAAAUGAGUCUACCUCCUACGCGUUCCGCAUCCAGGCCUUGAACGAGGCGGGCUCGGGGCCCUUCUCUGCUGUUUACUCCUUCACCACCCCGCGCUCCCCCCCGGCCCCGCUCAAAGCCCCCAAGGUGGAGCGAGUGGAUGACGGUUCGUGCGAGGUCAGCUGGGAGGCGCUGUCGCCCAUGAAAGGCGACCCGAUCGUCUACACUUUGCAGUUCAUGAUGGGAAACUCUGAUUUCAAGCAGGCGUACAAAGGUGGCGCCACCUGCUUCACGGUGCAGCACCUCCACCCCAACAACGACUACCGCUUCCGCGUGUGCGCCAUCCGCCAGUGCCAGGACGCGCUGGAGCUGAGCGGGCCCUACAGCCCCACCGUGACGCUCGCCGUGCAGCGGGGGGGCGACAACCUCGCCUCGGCAUCCUCCCCCACUUCUUCCUCCUCCUCCUCCAGGUCCACUUCCUCCUCGACGUCCGGCCGGGCCGGCCGCAGCCUGACGGACGAGCAGUGCGCCUUCUUGCUGCUCAUGGUGUUCGCCAUCAUCGCCAUCCUCAUCGCGUUUGUCAUCCAGUACUUUGUCAUCAAAUGAGCGGCUGCCGCCAGGUCACCACGAUUAUUACAGCUUUAUUCUUUUCUUCAGUUCUUUUAGGUUUUUUUUCCCCCUUUCUCUCCUUUGACACUUUCUCUUACUUUUGCUACCCCCUCUCAGAGUAUGUACAUUACUCCUCCAAAAAUUAGGGCCGUUGGGUGAAAUAACGAGAUGAACGUAAAAUACACCAAAACGUUACAAGUUACUUCAAUUGAAGUUUUAAAUUUCAAACUUGUCAGUACUGAAGUACAUCUCAGUGUAGCUGACACUCUUCAGGUCUUAGAGGUCUUAUAUUCAUUUUAAACUAUCCAACAGUCUAAUUUCUGUCGUACAAGUGGAAAUUUUACCGGUUGUCAAUUUUCAAAAGUAAAACUGAAUUAAACAAGUGGGAAUUCAGGAAUGACCAAAGCUGAAAUUAAGUUGAACUGUAAAAGUAACAGUGGUUGUCAGACUUUUUUUUUUUCUUCUUUAUGCUCCUAUUAUCACCAUCAUGACAGACCUUAUCAAGACUGCACCCAAAGAAAUGUUUGGAAACAACGUGGUGAACGUUAAAGUUAAAUACAACUGAACUGACAAUCGCUGUUGUGCACUUUAGGCUCAUCCUGGCAUUUCACCCGCCAAAGCCAAAUAUCCCGGACUUCUUGCCAGUACUUCUUGUGUAUAACCCUUAUUUAUAUUUGCAGUCGUGUCCAGUAUGAAGGUAUUUUUUUGUAACUUUUUUUUUUUUUUUGCAUAAUAUCUGCAGGACCUGCCUGCUGGCCUGGUGAGUUUGCACAGUGAGAGCUUGAGAACCACAUGAAUGGACGGAUAACUAAGCCCCCCACCCCCAAUAUAAUAAUCUGUAGGAACAUCAUUUAGCACUUUUUCUUUCAUGUGGGGAAUGUUGAAGGAUGCAAAAAACGUGAGCGGAGAAAUCCUAUUUUUGUACAGCGGCGGUGGUGGAGGAGGGUGACAAAAAAUGGCAUGGGCUUCAAACGUCAGUGAAAAAUGUAAAGCAACCUAACAAAUCCAACAAUUUUUUACUCCCAUGAUGACGACGAUGAUGAUGUAGCUUGGUUUUACAAUCACACAACAGCUGCUUGAGUCCGGAAAUCUUGUUCAGCACAAAAAAAUAAUGUCCGCUUCCCUUUUGUUGUUUCCUAGAUCUUGUCUCUCUCUGUUUUGUUUUUUGGUGGGGAGGGUUUUUUUUUUUUUUGCAAUAUAACAAGAGUAAAACAUAAAUGUUGGCUGACUGCGUCCGGAUCGGUAUUUUACACCACAAAUACACUUUUUAAAAAAAAGUCUUUGUCGCUGAAACAACUGAGCAAAUGUAAGAAAUAUGAGACAAAAAAUAAUCAUAAAAAAUCUGUUGUUUCAGAGGCCUUAAUUGGGGUUCAAUCUUAAUUUCAUGUUGUUUUUCUUUGUUUUUUUAUUUUUUUGCUACCGUUUAUUUCGUCAGUAAAGAGAAGAAACACCGUAUUAGUACGUGCGUGUUUUGUUGGCUUUGUUUUUGUUUUUACUUUUGGCUCGUCCAGGGUUUCGUGUGAAGUAUAUAUAUACAUCUAUUUUUUAUAUCAUAUGUGAUAAUAUAAGAAUGAAGAGAAAAACAAUUUGCCACGCGCACGCCAUCUGUCACAUUACUAUCAUGACUUUUGUCUACUUGUUGAAGUCAAGUCAUUUCAGACUUGUCUUCAAUCCUUAAAUGACAAUUUAGAAAUAAGAUUCUCUCGGUACUUUGCAAAAAUAAUGUCUUGAUUUGGUCCUCCAACAUUGUCUCGCACUCGCUCUUUAUCUUCGGAUAGCAACGUGUGCUAUUUAAAUGUGACCUGUUCAGUUUGAAGAGAUGAAUACAAAAAAAAAAAGUGACCAAAACAAAGCCAGAUAUGCACAAAAAUGAGAAAUGUCAUUUUAAUCUUUGCAGUUAUACCUCAUAUUCACCAUGCAUUCCAAAAAUGGCGGUUUGUUAUACGAUACGUACUUAGCUAACAAGACAUAUCACUUUCCAAAUGUUAAUUAUGUGGGCGGGGAAAUGGAAUGGAAUCAUAGAAAUCUAUUUCACGUGUAUAUGUAUAGCCAUGAUAUCUACAAAAAAAUCCAUGCACAAUAAAAGAUUUAUUAUUCUUAAA